AUGUAGAAGCGUUGCCGCCCCUUGCAGGACUGGAGACGCGCUGUGUGCACGCAUGCAAACUUACCAUAUAUACAGGACAGUUUUAUACAUACAUGUAUCUUUACAAACGCUUUUUGUCCUGAGGAUUUUUCUGCUUUUGAAUCCGAGUCGGUCUUGACCGUGCGGUGAUAUGCUGUAAGGUACGGGGUUACAACUUUAAGAGUGGGAUGUUCCUCAGAGCAGGGAUAAGAAUGAGGAAACAGUAGCUGUGAAUGCAGGCACAGCUCAAAGCUCAAGAGUCUUUGAACACUCCGUGAUCAUCCGUGGACGAUGGUCGACAGUCAACAGACUGGGGCGAUGGGAAAUGACUCCAGCGUCACGCCGCCUGCCAAGGCUGAUGGGAACUCGGGUAACCUAGAUAAUAUUGCCUUUGUUCUGGUGCCUUUCUUCUUCCUGCUGGGGCUUCUGGGAGUCCUGAUCUGCCAUAUCCUGAAGAGGAAGGGCUACCGCUGUACAACUGAGACAGAGGAAGAGGAGGAGCUGGAGAAAGAGGAGGAUGAAGAGAAAGAUCCAGAAAAAGGAGAUCUGAACGACACCUUCAGUGAAGGCAACACUGACACGGUGGGCCAAAUUGUUCUCUACAUCAUGAAAAAUGAAGCCAACUCUGAUGCACUCAAAGCCAUGGUUCAGGACAGUAUAGAAUCGGAGGGUGGUCUUGUGACGCCCACCUCACCGAACACACCCACCAGCCCGGAGACCCCUGCACUGCCAGGGUUGCCGCCCAGCGCAGCCAAACACACCUGCAACCACCUGCACACCAUCGGAGGGGUCGGAGGACAGAAGAACAUCUGCAACCGCUGCAACCAGAAAAAAUGGCCUCUGAUGAGACGCUCAUCCAGCAAGAGACUGGACAGACGCAGUCACAUAGUAGAAGUCACAGUGUUGUCUGUAGGCAGAUUCCGGGUGACAAAGUGUGACCCCAAAUCGGCACGGCGGACGUUAUUGAUCACAGAGCUCAAUGGUAGUGUUCCCCCUUCGCCUGCUAACGCUGACCCCCCGGAACAGAACACAGGCCCAAAGUCACAGGAAAAAGAAGACCGCGCAAAGUGACACCUGUAGAGCUCCAGCAGCUUCUCAGUUGACAUUUUAAAAAACUUUUAAUCUGGAAGUCACAAUUCCAAAUAGGACUUAAGAGAGGGAAAACGCAUAAAACUAUGGCGAGAGAUGUGAUAAUGGAGGAGGAAAAGAGGAUGAUGGAUGCGAACCCUCCUUUUUGUCAUGAGACUCGUCAGUUGUGGAAAGGCAGCAGAAGCCAUUAUAAACAUUAACCUGUCGCCAUGCCAACACAUCUUUCUCAAACAUCCUUGUGUCAUUAUCAGUGGCGGAUGGCUUCAUUUGUGCUUGUUAAUGACUAUGAACACGUCAAUGUUUAAUCCAACCUGGCGUCAAGGUCCGAGGUUUUCGCCUUGUGCCUCUUUGGGCUACUUCCAGGAAGUGGGAAGUUUUGUUCCAGUUUUUUUUUUUUUUUCCUUUUUAUUGCAAGCUGUGAUAAAUAUGGAAAACCAGAGCCAUGAAAUUUCUGACUAGUUACAAUCUAGACCAACGUUUUUCUUAACUUCUUGUCUUAAACGGACUGGGUUUGAUCUCUUCACUAAAUGCAACUUUUCACCUUUGUUUUUUUUUUUAAUUACUUAAAUUGUGUUUUGACAACAUUUUUUCUGUAAACCAGUGAAGUUGCAUGUUUAAUAGAUUAAUUUAUCAACCUAGCACACCUUAACCGACUGGAAGUUUGCUUGAUGUCUUGAUCAGAGCACUGCGAUCAA